GCUGUUGUCUGUUCAGUCAUGUGAGCGCAUGUGCGAACGUGACAAGAAGACUAGCAGCAGAAGCAAUAGGAGGAGCACUGGGAAAAACAAGCAUCAAGACACUAGCCUUGUGCACUUUCCGUGGAGCUUGAAGGCCAGGCUUCACCAGGAUGGCAAGUGUGCUGUGCCGAAGAGCUAGACUGGUGUCCCAGUUCUCCGGGAUUCACGUUGCCCAGAGGGUGCCUCUCGUUCGAGCAUUCUCUGCUGCAGGGUCCUCGGGGUCUGACGAUGCUUAUGUUGUUGUAUCGUCGCAAGAUACAGGACCCAGAACUAUCUGGCCCGAUGAGCACAUGGGACCAUUUGGUCCACAGGACCAGCGUUUUCAGUUGCCAGGCAACGUAGGCUUUGCCUGUCAGCUAGAGGGCACAGGGACCCAGCCGCUGAAGGGCCCGGUCCAUCGGACAGUUCCGGAUGUCCUGUCCUCGCCAUCCAGCAGUGAGAGACACGAGUUUGUGCUGGCACAGUUUGUGUCCGAGUUUCAGGGAAAGGAAGUUCCUCUGGUGGCCCAGAGAGUAAGCAGAGCGGAACAUUACUUUGACCAUUCGAACAUCGAGUGCUCAAUGCACCUGUGCCCAGAGCUGCUAAAAAAAGAUCUGGAGUUGUUUUUCCCAGCAGCCCCUGCUGGUAGUCUGACCGUUGUCACGGUCACACAGAAGACCCUGGGAAUGGAGGGUGAGGACUUGGACCUUGAAAGGCAAAGGCUCUUAGAUAAGUUUGUCAGCGGCGCAAAAGAGUUAUGCUUCACUUUAUGGAGAGGUGGAUUCUGGGCAGAUUUCAUAAAUCCCACUACGGGCCUAGCGCACUUUGGCUACAUCUCCAGCGACAGUAUCUUAAAGAUGGAGGAGCCGGUGCGUCACCUGGGCUUCCGCAUCGAGGACCUGGGCUCCUGCAAGGUCAUCCGACACGUCUUGAAGGGCACGCAGGCCUUCACAGGGACCCUCUUCACCAACGCGCCAUCCAACAGCCACAUCAUGGAGAGGCUGCAGGGGCACCCCAACGCAUUUGAGGAAGCGGACAUUUAAGCUUUCGAUGCUCCAGUGAAACACACACACACACGUACAGACACGUGUACACACACACACACACACACACACACACACACACACACACACAUACACAUACACAUACACACACUCUCAAACUGUGAACUGCUGUUCUUACAGCUGGAAGUUGACUUUGGUUAACUUUGAAUUGAGAAAAAAGAAAACGGAGAAAAAAAACAUAAGAAAUGGCAUAAACAUCACGACAUACUAAUCCGUUUUAAGAGUCCCUUCUUUUGUAAGGGCAGCCUUCAAGUUCUUGUGUUUGUGUUGUUUCCACGACUGACCAGCUUUUACGCUGAUAACACUUGAAGUGUUUUCCAUGCGAUGUGAGGAGCGAGAGGACAAGAGGUCCAGCGGUCACUCCCCAUACUUGAACCAGCCAAAGGACGGUGCUACGGCGGUCCCAGAUGAGCUUGGGAGGCCGUUUGCUGUUGGACUCCUUGGCAGCUGAUUUCACAACGACACAAUACUCUGUCUUGUCUAUCGAGUGCUUGUAGUGUUCUGUGUAGACUUUUUUUUCUGGAAUACAAAUCGGCGCCCCCCUGAGACGGACCGAAGUCGUGGACGUCCUGCUGCUAUAGGGUUAUAAAUGGCGUAUGGAAACCCUAAUCGUGACCACCCCCCACCUCCCAUCACACACACACACUGGAUAUAAUCUAGCAUGAGAGGUUCUGUCGGGUACACGGAGCUGAUUUCCCGGAGAUGCAGAGCUUUAAAAAAAAAAAAAAAAAUCCAACCGUCUCUAGGGGGCGCCGUUGCAAGAGUUGUUGAGAGAUCAACAGAAUUGUAUAGUGUGAAGUGCACUGCAACCUCAGAGUGCUCAGUACACGCCUGUACCAGAGAGCUUUACACUCAAAGAAGGUUUCCUAAUAAAGGGGAAAGUACAUAAA